CGUGGAUGCGCACGGUGACAGCGGGCAGAGCAGUACCGAAACCGAACCGGAUUAAUGACACGUUAACAACUCGCUGUGAACCUUCCCGGUUGAGGUUGAUUUACGUACAAACGCACGAACGACCACACAGCAGUUUGGAGCAAAUGACACAAGAUGGUGAAGAUGAAAGUAGGCCACACCAGAUGCUAAGCUCAAGUGAAGACCACGUUGGAGCACUGGAAGACAUUAGUGGCAGCCUGACUUCCAAUGGAUGCUUAAAAAGUUCUCGUUAUCAACAACGAGAUGUGGCCCCCCGACUUUGGACCUCCACAUGUGCAACUGACUCUUCCUGGCUUUGGCAGCAUCUUUGACGAUGUACAGGACCACCUGGGACCGUUAGCUUCAGGUGGCGGCUCAGUGCACGGGAUGUGCCAAGCACCCAGAACCUCCUUGGCCUUGUCUUCUCUGGACCUUCUCAGCUGUAAGACCAGCAGGUCCAACACUGACAGAAGAGAGGGAAGUAUCCCCACCACCACACAUGUGAAACCUAAAGAGAGGUUUAUUUGCAGUUCCCAGCCUACACCUCCUGUAUCCUACAUGCUCACACCUCCACCAUCAUCCCUUUCCUCCUCCUCAUCAUUCUUUGUGACCUCCUCCAUCGACAAAAACUCUCACCAGCAACAACUCCAGGAGGAGUUCCGUACCAUAAAACCAGAGCCAACAGAGGACUUAUUCCACAUUAACACACAGCCGAAGGAUCUGUUCCACGUUGGCCUCCAGGGCCCAGCGGGAGACCAGCGGGACCAAUCGUGCCUUUGGACCGACUGCAGUACCGCCUGCAGCAGCCAGGAGGAGCUAGUGAGGCACAUUGAGAAGGCGCACAUAGACCAGCGCAAAGGGGAGGCGUUCGCCUGCUUCUGGGCAGACUGCGUGCGGCGCCGCAAGCCCUUCAACGCCCGCUACAAGCUGCUCAUCCACAUGAGGGUGCACUCUGGAGAGAAACCCAACAAGUGCAUGUUCGAGGGAUGCACCAAAGCGUUUUCCCGCCUGGAAAACCUGAAGAUCCACCUGCGGAGCCACACGGGGGAGAAACCAUACAUCUGUCAGCACCUCGGCUGCUUCAAGGCCUUCAGCAACUCCAGCGACCGCGCCAAGCACCAGCGAACGCACCUGGACACGAAGCCGUACACCUGCCAGAUCCCGGGCUGCACUAAGCGCUACACCGACCCCAGCUCACUGCGGAAACACGUCAAGAGUCACUCGGCCAAAGGCGUCCAGAAGCAAGAGUCCAAGAUUCACGUGCACCCGAUGGCAGGAUCGGACCUGCUGAGAGGAUCAUCAGCUCUUACGGUUAUAGACAACUUUGCAGGUGCGUACGCAAACGGGAGCAGCUUGGACCAAGAGCAACCCUCAGCGCAGAGCUGCCUUCACAACGUAGAGGGAGGCUUCCACGCCGCUGGCCCGCUAACAAACACAGCUUGUAUAAAGACAGGGAGCACACUGUUCAUGACAUCAGCCGACCCUCUGAAGUCCGGAGAUGACCCCCGACUGCCAGGCCUCCGCCAUCAUCAUCACCAUAAUCAAGCGUUUCAAUGCGGACUGUUUGGAGAGAGGAAGGCCUCUCAGCCAAUCGGUGACGGAGGCUUUGAUCCCGCUGCUUAUUUCCCACAAGCUUCUACAGCGCCCCCCGCAGUGUUCGACCUGCUACACGACCUCCACAACCCGUGCAGCUACGCUACGCCUCCUGGCCUUGACGACAACUUCCUGUUCCAGACGGGAGGCGUGGACCGCUGCCUCAAUCUCAUCGACGCCAUCUACUUGGACUCGUGAGCGUAACAUAAAAACGAAAGCCGCCACGUCGCCGCGGCCCGCGUUGCAGCCAUGGGCGCCUAAAUGCACAAGCUUACCGAGGCUGAAGACCAGGGGUCCCACCCAAUCAGGGGGUUUUGACGGCGGAAUGCAAUGAUUGGUGUUCACAGCUGUCAAUCGCAGACAGCUCUGCUCCGUGUCGCGAUUAUGUACUCUCUCUCAGCUGCUUUAUUUCUUUUCAUACUGCUCCAAGCGGCCUCUGUUACACUCAAUCAACCAAUCAAUGUUUAUUUAUAUAGCCCUAAAUCACAAGUGUCUCAAAGGGCUGCACAAGCCACAACGACAUCCUCGGUACAGAGCCCACAUAAGGGCAAGGAAAAACUCACCCAGUGGGACGUCGAUGUGAAUGACUAUGAGAAACCUUGGAGAGGACCGCAUAUGUGGGUAACCCCCCCACUCACACAGACGUACGUGAUGGAGAUGUAUUCAUAAGAC